AUGUCUGAGACGUAUUCAUGCAACAAGCUCGCAACCCAUUCCAAUGUGCUCGACUUUAUGUUGUAUCGACCUGAACAAAUUUUGGAGCGCAUUGAACUUCCUCGGCCCAGGGAUUUGGACUCUUUACUCUUGGAUGCUGCCAAGCCUGUUUUACCUUCAAGGAAUACCUCCGAUCCAUCAGGCAAGCCAGUAUCACGCCGAACUGGCUUGCCACAUUUUCCCUGGUCAUAUACUACCGGGGUUCAUCAACUGCAAAAUGCUUAG